AUGGAUCAAUCAAUCCAGCGGCUGCUGAACGAUAAGCUAUACGAUAAACGAAAACAAGGGGCUCUUGAGCUAGAGAAAAUCGUCCGAGAUGCUGUCUUCCGAGGAGAGCACGAGAAAAUUGCCAGAAUCGUCGAACAACUCUGUCACGACUAUGCUUACGCCGUACACCAACCCCAUGCCCGAAAUGGCGGUCUAAUCGGAUUGGCAGCUGCCUCCAUCGCCUUGGGAUCGGAAGGAGUGGCACCCUAUUUGAGAGAAAUCGUACCACCCGUCCUCGCUUGCUUCUCCGAUCAAGAUGCGCGGGUUAGAUAUUACGCUUGCGAGAGCAUGUACAACAUCGCCAAGGUGGCCAAGGGAGAGAUACUUCUCUUUUUCAACGAUAUAUUCGACGCUCUGGCGAAGCUUGCCUCCGAUUCAGAGCUCUCAGUCAAGAAUGGGGCUGAGCUACUGGACCGCCUCGUGAAGGAUAUCGUGGCUGAAUCGGCAGCUUCAUAUGUCUCGGUACUACAGAUAUCUGAGAAGGAAGACCCAACCGAUCUCGACGAAACCGAACUCCCUACAGCAUUCUCUCUCGCAAAGUUCAUUCCUCUGCUCAAAGAGCGAAUCCACGUGAUCGGGCCAUACACUCGCAACUUCUUGGUUUCUUGGCUCACCCUGUUGGAUACGAUUCCUGAUCUGGAGCUGGUUACAUAUCUGCCUGAAUUCCUGGAAGGAUUGGUGAAAUUCCUCGGGGGCCCGAACAAAGACGUCAAUGUUGCUACGCAAGGGCUCCUUGACCGAUUCCUAUCGGAGAUCAAAAGAAUCACAAGACUGAAGAAAGGUAUUGCGGAGAGCCGCAAAGAUCAGGAGAGCCGCAGACGCUCCGUGACGAGUGACUCAAUGAGCUUUAGCGCCAAGACUGAGACCGAUGCUGCCGAUAAAAACGACAUUGCGGUGGAUGACUCCGAGUCCGGAUCUCUCUUUGAUGACGAAAUAAUACAAGUUGACGGAGACUGGAUUCCAGGGCAGGACGUACAGAUUGACCACCCUAAGAUUUUGGAUAUCCUGGUCAGCUUUGUCGACACAUCAUACGACGAAGAAAUGCAACUUACUGCACUCAGGUGGAUCGACGCCUUUUUCGAGAUUAGCCCCGAGGACAUUCUACCAUUUGUACCACGGCUUUUAACCCAGGUGCUCCCGGCCAUGUCAAGCGGCUCGGAUCAAGUGCGGCAGGCAGCCAAUCGUGUCAACAAAUCCCUUCUUGAAUACAUCUAUUCACUCUCUGAUGAUGCGGCGGAUGAUGUGCCUCAGCCUUCCUCCAGGGUGCCUUCAACCGCGCCUAGCAAAGAAAGCGUGGAACGAAAACCUUCAGAAAUCGCGAGCAUCGAUGCCAGAAGAUCGACGACAGAGACUUCUAGAGCUGCCACCCCUCGUAGUAGUAUUGUUUCUACCCCAGUGCCACCCGUUGAUCUUGACUAUGCUGCAGCUGUCAACUCACUCACAUUGCAAUUUCUGAACGAGAAUGAAGCCACUCGAGUAGCUGCGCUCUCAUGGCUCAUUAUGUUACAUCGCAAGGCCCCGCGAAAGGUGGUUGCGUUUAAUGAUGGAACAUUCCCAGCCCUCUUGAAGACCCUUUCCGAUCCUGCAGAAGCAGUUGUAACCAAAGACCUGCAGCUUCUGUCUCAGAUUUCGAGAAACAGCGAGGAUAACUACUUUGCGUCUUUCAUGGUCAACCUAUUGCAGCUCUUCUCCACCGACCGACAUCUGUUGGAGGUCCGUGGGAAUCUGAUUAUUCGACAACUGUGUCUUAAUCUAAGCCCUGAACGGAUUUAUCGGACACUAGCCGAUUGUCUUGAAAAAGAAGAGGAUAUUGAAUUUGCUAGUAUCAUGGUGCAAAAUCUGAACAACAAUCUCAUCACUGCUCCAGAGCUAUCAGACAUGCGAAAAAGAUUACGAAAUCUUGACUCAAAAGAGGGACAAAUGUUCUUCGUUGCCCUCUUCAGAUCCUGGUGCCAUAACGCUGUCUCUACAUUUUCACUCUGCCUUCUCGCGCAAGCCUAUGAGCAGGCUUAUAAUCUCCUCCAGAUCUUCGCUGAGUUAGAAAUGACUGUCAAUAUGUUGAUUCAGAUCGACAAACUGGUGCAACUCCUCGAGUCACCGGUCUUCACAUAUCUUCGCCUCCAGCUUCUUGAGCCAGAAAAAUACCCAUACCUGUACAAAUGUCUUUACGGUGUCCUCAUGCUCCUCCCCCAAAGCUCAGCUUUCGCUGCAUUGAAGAAUCGCCUGAAUAGCGUCAGCAAUAUAGGAUUCCUCCACGCUGCACCCCGCAGGUACGGCAUCUCGUCCCUCAUGUCUAAAAAUGAAAUUACAAAGCUCACACUACCUCCUAGCACCGCGCAAGCAGGGCCAUCAUCAUCAACGUACGACCGUCCCGGCGGCAGCCGUCUGAAAACUCGCGACGAGAACGGUAUCCGUUGGGUCGAGCUCCUCGACAAAUUCAAAUUUGUCCAAGAACGAACGCGCCGAGCCCAGGCCUCGCAACACCAGUCACUCGAUGCAACCGAUUCUCUACAUAACCCGUCCCUUACUGCCGCUCUCUCGGCUGCGACUGCAGACCGUAGCAGAGAUCGGACGGGUCUUCCAGACAUCCCCCGAGGCAUGGUCGGAGGUUCUGGGGCUAUGGGUCCCGGCGUGGGAGUCGCAGGCCUAGGUGUGGCGGGUGGUAGUGGUGGAGGCCGUGCGCUUGAACCGAAAGUCAGCAAUUCGUCGUCUUUGCUUGGAUCAGGACAUAAGCAUAAGUCAAGUCUUCCGAACCUGGGCCGUUUAGGGAUCGGAAGUCGCAAGUCAAAGAAAUGA